UCUGCGCGGUGAACGACGAACGUAUAUUGCCGAAAUUUUAUUAAGUUAUCUCGCAGUGCGAACUUUUCAUUGUGUGUGUUCUAAGUUUGUUACGUUAUUCGGCUUAGUGAAAAACUGUGAAUCAUGGAGUCUCUCAUUCAAUAUUUACUCCUGGCUCUCGCGUUGACCUCAGUUCAAAUAUCCUACACUGAAAGCCGUCUAAAUGAAAAACGUAGAGAUAAAAAUGAGCGAAGAUACCACGCCGUGGAAGCUAAAGACAAUAUGUGUGAAAUAUCAAAUAGAGAAUCCAAAGUUCAUUGCUAUUGUGAGAAUACAGACAUAAAAACUGCCAAAAGAGCAGAUUGUUGGGUAUUUAAUGGUGGCAUAGAUGAAACAGAUCCAAUCUGGUCAAGUUUCAAUUCACAACCAUUCAUAGAAAAACUAACUUUCAACGUACGUUCAGACGGCGCCUUAAAAUUUAUACCUUUUAACGUCAUACACAAAUUAAAGAAGUUGCAAAAAAUACAAAUUCAUUAUGCAACCUUGAACAAAAUUGAGAAAAAGACAUUCACAAACAUGACUGCUCUGAGGGAAAUAACGUUAAUGAACAACAAAAUAAUGGAGUUGGACUUUUCCGCGUUCGCAAACCUCCCAUCGCUCGUAAACUUGACUAUAAAAGGAAAUAAAGUGACCGAAAUCCAGAGGGAUGUUUUCGUCGAUUUACCAAAUCUCAGAUAUCUCGAUUUAUCUUUUAAUAGUAUUAAUCUAGCUCACGAUAGCUGUUUCGAGCAUCUAAAUGUACUAAACGAUCUAGUACUGGAAGCAAAUUUCAUUUCUGUACUUACUAGAGACACUUUUAGAGGACUCUCAAAUUUAACAAGAUUGGAUCUAAGGUCCAACAAGUUGUCAAUGAUUGGAGACUUGACAUUUAUUGAGUUGUGGAAUUUGAAUGAACUGCUUUUAGAUAAUAAUGAAUUGAAAUACUUAUCGGAGAGGGCUUUUGAUGGAUUGGCGAUGCUUCAGAAAUUAACGAUGACUGGUAACAAAUUGCAGUCAGUGAACGAAGUGCUUUUAGAGGGUGUAAGAGGGCUGGAAUUGUUGGAUUUAAGAAAUAAUGACAUUGAAAUAUUUACGUACGAGAUAGUGAAACCUAUCUUAGACAAUUUGAAGCAAAAAACAUCAGUUUUAUAUUUGAGUGGAAAUCGACUACGAUGUGAUUGCCGACUAUCCUGGAUCCAGGUACUGCGAAAUGAAACAAUGAGUGAACCACUCAGGCAGGCUCUUGAUGAAGUUACCUGUAUUUCAUUAACAGAGCAGACAAGUGAAAGUAAUAUAAAUACUGCAACUGAUUCAGAUAAAGAACUAAAUCUGGAAACUGAAAGUGAACCAGUACAGCAAGAUGCCAAUGACGAUGUUACAUUUGGAGAAGUUGGAUCAUUCAAAUACGAAGAUGAGAAGUCUCUUGCUAACCAAAUAGUAUUAGUUGAUAUACCUCCUGAAACUCUGCCCUGUCCAAAUAAACUUGGACAUAACGGUGAAGAUUCCCUUAUGCUUUCAUCGAAAGACGAGAGUUUUUGGCUGCCAAAUUCGAGUGUUAAAUGUCUUUCAAGUCUAUUUUCAAUAGUAAGCUUGCUCUUAUUGUAUACGUUAUACUAAGGAUAAUCUUAUAAUAUACCAUUAGUAAUUUAUAUCAGGUGCGGAUCCAUUCCAUUACUUUAAAGUGGACUUUGUAAAAUGUAAGUGUCAAUUAAAUACAUUUUAAAAAUCAAGAAAAAGGUUCAUUCGCUUUCAAAUGAUCCCCGCCUGAAACCUGUGUGAUUUAAUUUUACAUUUCCUUUAAUGCUUAUUUUUGUAAGGAAAAGACUGGUUAAGAAUAUUUCAUUAAAUUAUUCUGUAACGAAGGGCCUGAUUGCGACAGCGAUGCUUUUGUAACGUGAUUGUUUUUAUAAAUUUAAAUUUAAGAUGAAUUCUUAAUGAUUCUUAGCUUCUUUUAUUUUGUUAUACAAAUGAUACAAUAAUAAAUGUACAUAACUUUGAGCCUAUUCCUUUAUAACAUUAAUUUGGAGAAAUAAUCUUCUGGUACAAUGUAUAUUUAAUUUUAGAAACAAUGCCACGUGAAAUAACAAAUAUAUAAAUGGUAUUAGAAAAUUAAGGUUAAGUACUCUUCGAAAUGUUCAAUCUGUAUUUACUAAGAAUAUAGUUUCUUUAAUAAUUUUUAUAUAGGUAUGUCUUUAUAUUUUACCAGACGUAUGUUUUGUGGGACUAUAAUUUAUUUUUAUAAAUUCGAUGAAUUACUUAAUUUGAUACUUAAAUAUAAAAUAAAUAUGGCACUAAUGACAUAAUUUUAUAAAAUGUACAUAAAGUUGAUAUGCAACAAAACACAGUGAAUAAGAUUUAGGUCAACUUUGGCCUCGAUAAAAUGUCACAUUUUUGAUAAUACCAAAAAAUGAAAGCAAAAUUUUAAAGGUGUUGCGUAAUUGCAUAUUUAUAUCCAAAUACUUCCCCGCCGCUAUCAGCACAAAAUGUUCUCGACUUUUAAAAAGGGCCUGGUCAUUUAUUACAACACUCCUGAUGUCCAAUUUUGCAAGUAUACACAUGGGGUUUCGUAAUUAAUUAAUACCGUGCCACUAGACAGUAUAGGACCUAUAUUAAAAAAUAUUUACGAUUAAAUAUAACUAACUAAUAAAAAAUUUCGACUGACAUCAAAACUAUUAAGCUUUAAGAUGAAUGAAGCUGUUCUAAUGUUCAUAAAAUUAAACAUUAUAUUAUCACAUCUUCUUUAAAUGAAUUGAACAAAAAUAUGAUUAUUGUAAUAUUUUCGUUUAGAGGAGAAUCACAAAAAAAAUAUGUUGCAAACUUAGAUUAUGGAUUGGUCUCCGCUGCGCUUCAACUAAGUACCGCAGACGUGGUCAACUAAUACUACGACAAGGCAAUGUGUAACGUUGGCAUGCCACAUGUUCUGUUAAACUUUGCUAAUAAUUGAAAAUUAAUUGCGUAGUAAGUCAAGUCAUCAGUAAAUAUUUUGUAUUUUAUUAAUUUCAAUGUAAAAUAACACGAAGCGUAUGAUGCACAAUUUGAAAGAUGCCACGCACACGAGCAUCUAAUAGCUGCUGUAAUAUAAAAGCUAUUGUUCUUUCGUAGUGCGGUAUCCAGUUGGAGCGGAGACCAAUCCUUACUCUACAGUUGCAAAGAAUUAAACUACUGUCAUUAUAAGAUUAACAUUUACAUUAUUUACUGUAAAUGUAGCGUAAAGAAGUAGAUAGUUAAAAACAUUAUUGUCCAAAGAUAAUAAUUCUACAUGAUACAUGCUCUUUAGUAGUUAUAAAUUACAUUUAACUAUAGAAGCUAAAAGCAUUUGAAAAAAAUUAGUUUAUCUACAUCCACAUCCCAGGAAUUAAUUAACUUUUCACAUUAAGAUAUAUACAUAUUGUCAUACAAGAUUGCUAUAAUCAAUUAAAAUAUAUUUCCUCUUAUUUCAUAAGGCUAAAUUUAUUUUAAAAAAACUCGCUUCGGUUACGACAAAUGGGUGUUGUGAAUAACGCGUAAAAGUUUUUUUUGUAAUUUGACCAAAAAACAGUUAUUAUUUUUAAUAUACAAACUAAAAAUGGUGUCUCAUCGUUAACACAGAUCGAAUAAUGAAUUUUAUCAAUAAAAUACAUUUUAUCUAUCGAAUUGUCAUAACUAAUGUCCCAGAAUAGUUCCACUAGGGUUACAAAUGAAAAGCAAUAGCAGUAUUCGUAAUGAGAAUGUACAUGAAUUUAUACCAACACUAUUGAUAUUGGCAAUGUAUUUGCUCAGAAUAUUUGUAACUUGCAUUUGGCUGAGUUUCAACUUAUUGAAAAUUUCAUACUUGGAAAUAUGUUUACGGUCAACGUGAAAAAUGUUUCCAGCCGACCUACAUUUAGUAAACGAUAUUGUAACCACUACAUUUAUGUGUUCGCUUUCAUUUUAAAUGAAUUGUUUGCGUGUUUUAAUUUCUUUAUGACGUAUGUGUUUUCCUACCACUAGUAUCUCAACGUUAAGUAUUAUUUUUGUAACAUUUUUACCCAAAAUUAUAUUGUUCUCAAUUUUUUAAUUGAUUUUUUAACUUAUUUUAUUAUUUGAUCUGUACUGUAUGCAACUGUCAUGUUUAUGAACAGCCAUUUUGUUUUUCGCUUAAAAAUGUGCUUUUAUAUUAUUAUAAUAUAGCAAUAUCACAAUAGAUGAUAUCAAAAUAAAUUUACUUUGUAAACAUAUUUAUUCGAUGAAAAAAAAAGCCCGCUGAGUUUGUUGCGCCCAUUCUUCUCUGGUCUGAGGCAUUCAUUUUGGAAUGGGUGGUAGUUUUUUGACUUUCAAUAAGUGAUGUCACAUCCAAUUUUGAAUAAAAAUAUUUGAAUUUGAUGUAGAUUUUUGAAUUAAUCAUAUUCUAUUCGUGUACUCGUUAUCCGCUACACAUCUUUACACGCAGAUAUUUGAGGAUUUCAAAUAGCUGUUCCAAUUAAUAUUAAAACUAGCUGUGUGUACUGCUCAUACAACUAUUUCUCGUGCAAAAUAGUCAUCAUAUUGUCUUUUUCUGAAGUGAAAACUUCAUUAGCGGCGUUGAGCACUUUUCUUGGGAUGGGUAUAAAAUGUUAAAAUCGCGUCAGGACACGUGACCUGGUCGAAAAUUUGCAAGACAGUCGUUGAAAUUAUGGAUGAAAGUUGAUUUUUCUGAGAGAUAAACUUUUUAAUGUAUAAUAAUUGUAAUAGUUCUAAAUAUAAUUAUAUAACAUAAAUAAUUCUGUUAAAUUUUUUAUGUUACACAAAUUGUCAUUUAUGUGUACGAUAGCGCAAUAAAUGAAUAUUGUAUUUAACCACAUAAAUGCCAGUACUUUUGUAGGUGCGAAAUUAUUUCCUAACUAUUACAAAAUAUUCAAAAAUCGUUAAUGAUCAAGUUUUUACUUUCUGCCGUGAAGCAAUAAUGUGUAAACAUUAUUGGGCUUCGGUCUGAAGGGCACCGUAGCUAGUGAAAUAACUGGGCAAAUGAGACUUGACAACUUACGUCUCAAGGUGACGAUCGCAGUUGUAGUGCCGCUCAGAAUUUUUGGGUUUUUCAAUAAUCCUGCAUUGUAAUGGGUAGGGUGUAUCAAUUACCAUCAGCUGAACGUCCUGCUGGUCGCGUCCCUUAUUUUCAUUAAUAGAAAAAAAGCAGCCUCUCAUUGGUUAUCUGUGGGUUUUGUGGGUGGUUGGAUGCCAGUGAAAUAUCAUGCAUAUUAUGAGGAAAUCCAGUUUAUAUCACAGAGUGAUGCGUUUUUAUAGGAACCGCAUCAUGCAUCAUAUACUUCGGUCUCGUGAUUAUUUUACAAUAUUGUCAAUAAUUUGAGUAUUAUUAGUUACUAUAAGAUAGCUUGGUUAGGUUACUCAUAAUAUCUAUUGUAUAUAUUCUAUUUAUGAGUUAAAGAUAAAGUGAAAUAAAAGUAUUCUAUUAUAAAACUAAUUAUAACUAUAUUUUUUCAAUUACUAUUACUCAUCACAGUAUUUUGUUUGCGAGCAAACAUAGUUAAGUGUUUUUAUAUAAGUUUGUGAAAUGCGCACCUGUUUAUGUAUAAAUUGUGAUUGUAUGAUUGUAUUAAGAUAAUAAAUAAAUAUAUCAAGUAUGAUCUACCCUAUACCCACAUUUUCACCAUUAAACUAUAGUGCUAUCCGCGGGUGCCCCAAACCACAUAUCUGCUAGCGAUUCGCUUGAACCCUUAUGUUUGAAGGCUUGAGAACUGAAAAAAAACCUUUUAACCACACUUUUUUUUUCGUUUUCUGAUGAGGUUUUGCUCAAUAAACCAGUUGAGAACGGCGUAUCUUACAUUCAAAGAUGUGUCAUUUGACAGAUCAACGUUAAAAUUUUUGUCACAGUCACUCUGGAUUUGACAACACGAGAUAAAGAUGGUCUUCUGUUUACUAAAUAAUAUGCUCAUCUCGUUUUGACUUUCAAGGAAUUAAGGCAGUGCCGCGCUUCUAGGGAAAUCAAGAACGUCGUUUCAUUUAAUUUUUCAAGAUAUAUACAUAUUUUUAAAACGUAAGGUUUAUGUCAUUUAAGUCGAAUGACGUCCACUGCUGGAUAAAGGCCUCCCCCAAACAUCUCCAUAACGAUUUGUCCCUUCUCCAACCUAUUCCGGCGAUCUUGACCUUCGGAUCAUCGGCCAUCUUGUGGGAGGCUUAAUAACACGGCAUCUGCCAGUAAAUGGUCGUCAUUCGAAGACCUUUUUCGUCUUUUGAGCUAUGUGCGCUGGCCACUCCCAGUUCAGUUUCGCAAUCAUGCGGCAUAUGUUGGUGAGUUUGGUGUAUAUGUAUUCGAAAACCAUGUCCGUUUGUUUUUAUAAUCUAAUGAAGAGUUCGUGAAGUAUUUACGACGUAAGGGCUUAUUUUAUAUUUAAGUAAUAACUUUAGCUUUAUGAUACAUAACUGAAAUUAUAUUUAAGUUUAAGAUAUGUCGCUUCUUGGUGUUUGUACAUAUAUAAAUGUGAUAAAUAAAAAUAAUUU